AUGUCCGUGGCUUUCCCCAAGGGCUUCAGCACUGACGAGGCGGUGGUCACCAUGUCCUUCUUUGAGCCGAGCGGCGGCUCGACGAGCGACGCGGACUUUGCGUUGGUCGUCGACUCGCAGCUGCAGUACGUCAAGCAGUACCGAGUGGAGCUGGACCCGAACAAGGCCGGCGACCGCUUCGUGCUGCGUGUGUAUGUCGAAGCCAGUGCUGUUAGAGUGGGCGGGACGGAGGUGGAACAAGGUGGGGCCAAGCUGCGCGCGUUCUACGCUCGGUGGGUGGACCUCAGUCCGUCGGAGCCCAUGUUCCUCUCGUGUGAAGACCAGAAGACUGAAGACAGCGCUACUGAGGAGCAAGAGCGAGUGUCGGUGCACCCGCCCGCCAAUAUGCCGCCUGACUUGUGCAGUUGCUACACUAUGGACGGCCGCGUGCCAGUCCGCAAGUGGUACUUUGACGACCAAACUGGUGCGGAACGAUUGUAUGGAGAGGCGUAUUCUGCUGAGGCUAUUCAUGCUUUGGUCGAGGAAGCGCGGAAGCGUGUCGCUGGGUACUCUGCUGCUGACGCGUUCCUGUAUAGUGCGCUGGACAAGUACCCGCUGAAAGACAAACACGUGCUCAUUUUUGGCAGUAGUGGGCGUCCGUGGAUCGAGAGCUUGUGUCUUGCGCACGAAGCAGCAUCUUGCACCACCGUGGCAAGGAACAGGCUUCGAUAUAACCACCCCAAGUUGCAGACCUUCACUACCGACGAGUUUAACGACGAGCGUGCAGCAGGAGAGAGCUCCCUGCACUUUGACGUCGUGCUUGCAGUCAACACGAUUGCAAGGGAGGGUCUUGGUCGCAGUGGAGAAACCGCUCGAUCCCGACGGAGACCUGAAGGCUAUGCAAGAGCUGCCGAUGCGAAGACUGCCGCGUCAGUGCUCCUUGCUGUUCCUGUUGGACCCGAUACGCUGGUGUGGAAUGCUCAGCGCCAGUACGGUCCUCUGCGACUGCCUCUGCUCCUGCAAAACUGGCAGCUUCUCGACAGCUUCGGGUUCUCACAGAACAACUUCACGGCUCCUUUCACUGUGUCGCACCUGUCUCUCUUCGUGCUGCAACCCUCUGCUUCUUGCGCCCAAGCACACACAGAGCUGUAG